CAAAGCAAGAUGGCGGAGAGUUCAGGUGAUGAAGAUUGUACUGAAACAGAUUUUGUCUUUUAUCGCGAUCGAGAAGAAUGGAAGGAUGUCACUCCUGUUGAGCAAGAUGAUGGGCCUUAUCCAGUAGUUAGAAUUGCCUACUCUGAGAAAUGUAAGUAUCGGUAAUUUUCACGUUGUUGUGCGUGGCUUUAGUCUAUGCAACCCAAAUUCAAAUUAAACGACGGUUUUGUGUCGCGGUUACAAUUUAAAAAAUUCUGAUCAAAAUCUUUUUCUCCCCACGGCAAAUACUGGAGCUUAUAAAAGAAGCUUCGCUUUUAGAGGAGUUCUUUCAUGUAGCGCCCUGAAACUAGAGCCGAAGCAAGAGAAUUCUUAAGCUGCUUUAAGUUUCACUCUGUGGGGUAGUACUUGGUGUAAGACUGCCCAAAAUGUCCCGGGCCACCGCCCACCGCUGUCAGUGCUGUAGUGGCUGUACCCUAGUAGACGCAAUGACACCUGUAGUGGCUGUAGUAGCUGUAGUACCUGUAGUACCUGUAGUAGCUGUAGUAGCCGUAGUACCUGUAGUAGCUGUAGUAGGUGUAGUACGUGUAGUAGCUGUAGUAGCUGUAGUACCUGUAGUACCUGUAGUACCUGUAGUAGCUGUAGUAGCUGUAGUAGCCGUAGUACCUGUAGUACCUGUAGUAGCUGUAGUAGCCGUAGUAGCUGUAUUAGCUGUAGUACCUGUAGUACCUGUAGUAGGUGUAGUACCUGUAGUACCUGUAGUAGCCGUAGUAGCUGUAGUAGCUGUAGUAGGUGUAGUACCUGUAGUAGCCGUAGUAGCUGUAGUAGCUGUAGUAGCCGUAGCACCUGUAGUAGGUGUAGUAGGUGUAGUAGCUGUAGUAACUGUAGUAGCUGUAGUAGCCGUAGUAGCCGUAGUACCUGUAGUAGCUGUAGUAGCUGUAGUAGCCGUAGCACCUGUAGUACCUGUAGUAGGUGUAGUAGCUGUAGUAAGUGUAGUAGCUGUAGUAGCCGUAGUAGCUGUAGUAGCCGUAGUAGCUGUAGUAGCUGUAGUACCUGUAGUAGCUGUAGUAGCUGUAGUAGCUGUAGUACCUGUAGUAGGUGUAGUAGCUGCAGUAGCUGUAGUAGCUGUAGUAGCUGUAGUACCUGUAGUACCUGUAGUAGCUGUAGUACCUGUAGUAGGUGUAGUACCUGUAGUAGCUGUAGUAGCUGUAGUAGCCGUAUGUAGUAGCGGUAGUAGCUGUAGUACCUGUAGUACCCGUAGUAGCUGUAGUACCCGUAGUAGGUGUAGCCCUGUAGUAGCUGUAGUAGCUGUAGUAGCCGUGGUAGCGGUAGUAGCUGUGGUACCUGUAGUGCCUGUGGUACCUGUAGUAGCUGCUGUACCUGUAGUAGCUGUAGCAGCUGUAGUACCUGUAGUAGCCGUGGUGGCUGUAGUAGCUGUAGUACCUGUGGUACCUGUAGUGGCCGUAGUAGCUGUGGUGCCUGUAGUAGCUGUAGUGCCUGUAGUAGGUGUAGUACCCGUAGUAGCUGUAGUAGCUGUAGUAGCCGUGGUAGCGGUAGUAGCUGUAGUACCUGUAGUACCUGUAGUGCCUGUAGUAGCUGCUGUACCUGUAGUAGCUGUAGCAGCUGUAGUACCUGUAGUGGCCGUGGUGGCUGUGGUGGCUGUAGUACCUGUAGUACCUGUGAGUGGCCGUGGUGGCUGUAGUAGCUGUAGUAGCUGUAGUAGCUGUAGUAACUGUAGUAGCUGUAGUAGCUGUAGUACCUGUAGUACCUGUAGUAGGUGUAGUACCUGUAGUAGCUGUAGUAUCUGUAGUACCUGUAGUAGCUGUAGUAGCUGUAGUACCUGUAGUAGCCGUAGUACCUGUAGUACCUGUAGUACCUGUAGUAGUACCUGUAGUAGCUGUAGUAGCCGUAGUAGCUGUAGUAGCUGUAGUACCUGUAGUACCUGUAGUAGCUGUAGUAGCUGUAGUAGCUGUAGUACCUGUAGGUCAAGAAUGGGCAAUCAUGGAAUUACCUAUAAUAUUAUUUACAUGAACCAUCAGCAGGAAAUUAUUUAAUAACUUCAGGCAUGGGAAGUGGCAGGCAAGAAGUAAAGUAAGGGGGAGAAGAAAAACCCAACUACUCCCUCAUUUAAUGUAACCAUGAUUAUAUUAUGUUAUUCAAUAUUUUCAGUUAAAGACGUGUUUGACUACUUCAGGGCUGUUCUGCUAGCAGAUGAAAGAAGUGAUCGUGCUCUUGAACUGACUGAAGAUGCUAUAAGUCUUAAUGCUGCCAAUUAUACUGUGUGGUUAGUGCCUUUUAAAAUGGUUAUUUUUGUUCUGGCAUAUCAGGUCUCAAUAAUCAGCAGGCCUCUUCCCCUCCUUCUUCCAGUAGUAAUCUGCAAAUGUUUGACAGAAUGGUAGUUUGAUAUCCAUCAAUUCCAAGACACUUCUUGUUAAGGUUUCACAGAGCAUCAAAUCAGGGUUUGCACACGCCUUGAAAGUCCAUGAAUUUUAAAAUAAAAAUUCAAGGCCUUGAAAGUCUUUGAAUUUCAAUGCUAACGUUAUAGUUUAAGUAGAACUCCAAACGAAAAGGAGUAGUAAACACAGAAAAACCUUCGGGAGAAAAUUAGUCAUGGUGUGGAAGAACUAAAAAAGGCAUAGACUCAAGGCUCUUAUUUGUACUGAACAGAGUCCUUGAAAAAUGGGAAAUAUGUCCUUGAAAGUCCUUGAAAAGUCCUUGAACGUUUUGUUCUAAAAGGGUACGAACCCUGUCAAAUACAAACAAAGAUUAGCAAAAUACCCAGAUGAAAAGAAGAAUCUAAAGCUUGAUAUUGUAAACGGUUUUAUUGGGUUUGACUGUAAGGGUAGGCAUUUGGUUUUGGUGCCAGGAUGGUUCCUUCUUUUUACCACUAUUGGUAGUGAUUUCAUUUUGAUUUCUGGCAAACAAAGGUAAUAUUGUUUUGAGGAAAAGAGAGAAGAGUGGAGGGGAGGGGAGGUUUGUAGCUCCUCACUUUCAAAGACUGUUGUGCCAUCCCUAUGUCUGGACCACUGAGUCUCGCUAGCAGACUGAUGAUAUUUGAAUGCUGUGACUGGUAGCAGCAAGGGGUAUCACUAUUUUUUUGACAGAAGCAGGUUACGUAAGGUUGAGCAGGCAAGGAAAGCUGAACCAUUUGGCUUUUCCAUUUUGUUUGAAGAUGGCUACUGUGAUCAGAUUAUACUGCUGCCAUUUCCUGGGUUCCUGCUUACUCCUGGACAGGAGUAGCAUCUAACUUAAAAUUUUCCCUUUCAUUUUGAUAUUAUGGAGUGGGGGCCAUGGUUACUUCAAUAUUCUGUAUACUGUAAAGCUGUUAAACACUUUUGCCCAGUUAGUUCCAAGAGGCCCUGGAACACUUAGACACCCUAAUAAUAAUAAUAAUGAUAAUAAUAAUAAUAAUAAGUAAGUUGAGUAUGAUUGUCCGGGUGAACGUAGUCUUGAAUAGGACUGUUGUUGACAGUGACUGAUGUUUCGACAACCUGUUUGGUAAUCAUCUUCAGAUGAGUCCAAUUGAGUUGUAUGAUGUCAGUUGAUGGUUUUAAACUCUGGUUGUUGACCUGAUUGGUCAAGUAAGUCGUGAUGUUAUUGGUCGUCUGUCAGUUAAGCCCCGAUCUUAUUGGCUGUGAAGACUCGAAAAGUCAUUGGUGUGUUUUGAUCCUUCUAUUGUCAGAGUUAAACAGUUGUUUAUUGUUAGUCAAAUUGUUGGUUGUCCAGUCAUUCGAUUAUUGCACAGCUUGUUGAAAUGUCAGUCACUGUCAACAAUAGUCCUAUUAAGGACAAUGUUCUCCUGGAUGAUCAUACUCAACUUACUUAUGAAAUGACUCCUGGGUUCAAACCUUUCACAUUAAUAAUAAUAAUACAGUAAUAAUAAUAAUAAUAAUAAUAAUAAUAAUAAUAAUAAUAAUAAUACACCUUGUCCUGGAAAUUAUUGUGUCAACUGUGACUACCUUAGUUUAGAUCAAAAGUUGGAAAAUAAUGGCACUGUUUCUUGGGCAGCACAAACCUGAAUAGAUAUUUUAAACGGAGGGAUGAUGCCAAAUGGAGAGAUUUAUCAAUGUGUUUUUUCACUUGUUGAAGGCAUUUUCGUCGUGUUUUGCUGAAGUCUUUGAAUAAGGAUUUAAACAGCGAGUUGGAAUUUGUAGGACAAGUCAUUAAAGAGCAACCAAAGAACUACCAAGUGUGGUGAGUUGUAUUCUUAAGUUUCUGAAAGUGGAACUUACUACACCCCUGGGUUUCACUUAUGCCAACUAGGACCUGCAGAUUUUAAUUCCUUAACCCAGGGCUAACUGUCACUAAUGGCUGGCAGCUGGGGAAAAUUCCAUCUUUUAUAGGAAAAAAAAGGGAAAAAAGAACCAAAGAACUUCUUAGCCUUUCAUUCCUCAACUACUAGAUGUAUAUACUUGGUACCUUGAAAUUUUAGUGACAGCUCUGCCCCAACCACUUUAGGGCUGCCAUUGGUUUAAUUUUUAUCAUGUCUCAGUCUGUGAUCAUCAGAAUUUUGCCAUCAAUCUCUUAACCAGUAACUAGACCUCUACUAGCACUCAUAAUGACCAUUAGCCAAGUGAACCAGGGCCACCCUUUUUUCUGUGAAAAUUAUUUUGUAUAAAUUUUAAUGAAUUCUCAAAAAAAAGGUAUAUAUACAGCUGCCACGAGUCCUGCCCCCCUCCCUUUUCUGAACUUUCUGGAUCUGCCCCUGUUGUUUGUAAAUUAAUAAACUGGAGUCCAGCUCUCCAUUACAUAGUGAGCAUCUCUCAAAACAGCCUCUAAGUGCUGUCCUGACAGCCAUUGUGUCAACAAUCUUGGACAAAAAUGUUAAGAAAAAUGGACUUACUGUCAUGUCUAGUUUCAAGAUAAAGCUCUUAAAAGCACGAACAACUACAAGUUCUCUCCCCUUCCCCCCAAAAGGCAAUCUUGAAGUCCAGCUGGAUCAUUUCUGUUCCCGACUUGACACGAUUGACCAUUGGUUGGGCAAGGGGAGGGAAGGGGCCAUGGUGCUAUCAAAUCUGUGGGAUAGGCAUUUUGUGGUUAAGAAAGUGAAAAAUUCUUAACACUUUUUGUCUUAUUUUUAUGAUCAAAAGAUCAGCCUUACAACUUCUUGUUUUUCUUUUACAGGUAUCACAGAAAAGUCAUAGUUGAAUGGCUCAAGGACCCACGUGAUGAGCUACAGUUCACAGAAGACAUUCUACAACUGGAUGCAAAGAACUAUCAUGCAUGGCAACAUCGACAGUGGGUCAUCAAAGAGUUUGGUUUGUGGGAGAGAGAACUGGAUUAUGUAGAUAAACUUUUGACAGAGGAUCUUAGAAACAACUCAGCUUGGAAUCAGAGAUAUUUUGUAAUUAGUCAAACCACUGGUUUUACCGAAGACGUUGUGGAUCGAGAAGUCAAGUAAGGAAGAUAAAUAUUUUUCACACUGUGAUUUACAUGUAGUUGUUGAGGAAUUUUUGGAGAUUUUUCUAAUUCAGCAUACUCGCUGUUUUGUUUUCUUUUAGAUUAACAAUGGAUCUAAUAAAGAGAGUACCAAAUAAUGAAAGUGCCUGGAAUUUCCUUAAAGGGUAUUUUACAUUCUACUUUUUCCAUGUAAAUUUAUGGUAUACUUUAAGAAAAACUGAAGCUUUCCUUGUUAAUAGAUGUGCUAACUCACAGCACUUGCAGCUUUUGCUCUUUAAAAUUCUUGCAAUUAUUGAUAUGAACAGCAUUGGAAGUUGAGAAUUCAGAAAUAUCAAAAUACUCUUGCCCAAAGCAUGGGAUACACAAAAAGCUUGAGACCACUAGAGAAUACCUGUACGUCAGUAAUAAUUUUUGAAAACACAAUGACCCUUUUAAGUUUGUGGAACAUGUUUCAAUGUUUCAAACAUCAUCUUCAGCCAUACAAGGUAUAAUACUAAUAGUGUACAAGUAAAAAGGUAUAUACAACUACCUUGUACCUUGUAUGGCCGAAGAUGAUGUUUGAAACAUCGAAGCAUGUUCCACAAACUUUAAAGUGUCGUUGUGUUUUUAAAAAAUUAUUGCUGCAUUUGUGUUAUCAAUGUCUGUCAGUUCUUUAGCUAGAACCUUCACUGGGUUUGUGAAAUAAUAAUAUGUGACAUGUAGGCCACAUUCUGGCAGGAUUAUAAAAUUAUGUCAAAGAGUCAUAUAUGAUAAGAAAUGAAGAAUGGUAACUUUGGAACUGCAGGUCUUCUGGAUAAAUAAUCUGGCCUUUCCUUCAAGACUUUUCAGCUAUUACUAUAGUUUUUAACCUUAUACCUGAGUGCAUGGUUCACAGAGUAUUUUGAUUUUGCAGUGUCCUCUCCAAGACUGGACUUAGUAAAUAUCCAGGCUUAAAAAGUACACUAUUAGAAAUGUUCAGUGGUGGAAUUGAUUCCCCAUACUUGAUGUCAUCACUAAUCAACAUCUAUGAAGAGGAGCUUAAGAGUGGAGUUGCUGAUUCAAAUUGCUUGGAUCAAGCUUUAGAGGUAGGCUGGUACUUGCAGUAUAUCCACAUUAUCUUAUCUUGAAUGAUCAAGACUGGAUUAAAAAAUGUGGACUCCCUUAGAGAGAGAGGUGUAGGGGUGGGGGAGUGGUAGAAAUGGAGAAACCCUUGUAAGAAGGUCAGAGAACUAUGUGCAGUGAUUUUGUGACCCCUGUUCCUUUGAUGCCCAAAGAUAGAGAUAAAAAAUAAUUCACAUUUGGGAAAAAAGAAAUGAGGAGUUUAUGAGAAUAAAAAUCUGCAGUAAACUAAAACCUAACUCAAGUCAAGUGAGCAAUAUUUUCUGCCUAUAUAACAGGUCCAGAAUUUUUUUUCCUGGAUGAAAAACAUGAAGUAUUACAAUGCAAAUACUCCCAUACUACAAUGAUUUUUUUCCUCGUCUUUUUCUUGAUAAUAUUAGCCUGUAAAAACAGACAUAUAUUAUUUCUGGUCAUCGCUUCUCUCUUUAGAGAAGUGACGACCGGAAAUACAUCUGUGUUCUCAGGCUAGAUAACAAUAAAAAAAGUAAAAAAAUAACACCCAAAAAAUUUUGCAAGCUUUGUUGGCAUUAUGGCAAAAAACUGUGAAGUUUGGAAUAGUGCUGAACGUUUACUGGCAUGAACAGAAUAAUGAGAAAUAUACUGACACAAUAAUUGACUGCAGUGCCUUGAUUGAAAAAUUAUAGCUUUCUUUUCCAGAUGAUUAUUUAAUUUGCUGCUGUUUAUUUUUUGUUUCAGCUGUGUCACAAACUUGCCACAGAUGUUGAUUACAUCAGAAGAGAGUACUGGAAUUACAUUUCUCGUACACUGAAGAGUAAAUUUGGUCCAACUCAAUAA